AUGAUCAACUCUUCAUUCCGAUUUGUCCGUUCCUACGUUGGACCAGUCAAAGCCUGCAUUCUGGACUGGAGUGGUACCACAGCUGACAAAUAUGUCCUGGCACCAGCCGUUGUCUUUGUUGAUGUCUUCAAGAAGCACAAAGUCCCCAUCUCCAUGCAGGAGUCCAGGGGGCCAAUGGGCCUGCGCAAAGAUUUGCAUAUUAAGGCUAUCACUGAACUGCCAGAAGUCAGACGUAGAUGGAAGGAGGUCCACGGCAAAUACCCAGACCAGACCGAUGUGGACAAAAUGUUCAAGGACUUUGUCCCCAUGCAGAUUGAAGUUUUGGCCAAAUACUCUGAGCUGAUCCCAGGCACUGUUGAGGCUGUACGCACCCUUCGCAGCGAGCUGGGCUGCAAGAUCGGAGUCACCACUGGCUUCACAAGGAGCAUGGUGGAUGUCUUGUUGGCUGAAGCCAAGAAACAAGGUUACGUGCCAGAUGUGAAUGUAGCUGGAGAUGAAGUGAUCCAUGGUGCUCGCCCCAAGCCUUUCAUGGUUUACCGCAAUCUGGACCUUCUGGAUGUGCCCAAUAUUCAGUCUGUUGUGAAGGUUGACGACACUGUGUCCGGUGUUGGUGAGGCACUGUCUGCAGGAUGCUGGGGUGUCGGAGUUGCCCGCCACAGCAACUACAUGGACAUCAACAGCCUAGAAGAGGAAGCCCAGUUGUCUGAGGAGGAUAUCCAGAAGAGGGUAGCCCACUCCAGAAGUCUGCUCAUUCAGACAGGUGCUCACUACGUCAUCGACACCAUCAAGGAGCUUCCAGGAGUCGUCGCUGAUAUUAACACCAGAUUGGCAAGAGGAGAGAGACCAUAA